GGACACAGCUACAGAGCAGCAGAUUGGCAGAAAUACGGGAGCACUGUUACAUGUUCAUACUUCCAAAAGGACAAGGAAACUGUAUCACCUGGACCGAAACAAACACUUACACUGGGAGAAAGAAUCGUGGAUCAAAAUAUACACACACGCCUGAAAGACUACAUAAAGAAAAAUGUCAAGAAAACAGUUCGAAUACCGAACCUCGGGGAUAAAUUAGAACGAGAACACAUGUGCUUAUAUGACUUGAGGACAUCACACUGUUUCUGAGAAACUCAUCACAGAUGUAAGAAGUAAUAAUAGCCCCAGACCACACCAGGAGACCGCAGUCACGGUCUUGAUGUGAGCUUAACCCCUAUAAAAAAAAAAAAAAGGAAAACCCAAGGGGAACAAGAAUGCAUUUUCUUUUGUAAUGACGUUCUAUUUUUUACAUUUGAAGCUAAAGUCAAAGCAAACUUGGUUUGUUUUUCAAUACCCUCCUACAAAAAUAAAGGGUGAAAAAACACAUUCACCGCACAGCCAAAACAAAGACCUUUGGGAUUUCAGAACGACAAGAUUUGGUCGAAGAAUUUAGAGAGUGAGAUACACACGAAGAGGGGGAUAUUGAAUUAUUUCUUAUUUAAUUGCUUAAUUUUUUUAUUUUUUUUAUUAGUAUUUUUUAAAACACAUUAUAUCGAUUAAAGCACAUCUGUUACGCAACCUUCCGUGAUUCACUGGAUCGGAAAUAUUUAUAUUUCUGUAAGGUGCUGCUUCUACUCGUUUGGAUCUUUAAACCCCGGAACUAAGCCGGGAUGGGUUGUUUCUGUGCUGCUCAAGAGGAGUUUUACUGUGAAGUUCUACUUUUGGAUGAAACCAAGUUGACAUUAACCACCCAACAGCAGGGGAUAAAGAAGUCAACGAAGGGGUCGGUUGUCCUGGACUACGUAUUCAGUCAUGUAAACCUGGUGGAGACAGAUUACUUUGGACUGCGUUUUUGUGACAGGAGUCAUCAGACGUAUUGGCUGGACCCUGCAAAGACCCUUGCUGAGCACAAAGAGUUAAUAAACACAGGACCACCCUAUACUCUGUACUUUGGUGUAAAAUUUUAUGCAGAUGACCCCUGUAAGCUUAAAGAAGAAAUAACAAGGUAUCAGUUUCUCCUGCAAGUCAAACAAGAUGUCCUUCAAGGCCGUCUGCCCUGCCCUUUCAAUAUCGCGGCACAACUGGGUGCUUAUGUCAUCCAGUCUGAACUUGGAGAUUAUGAUCCCUAUAAACACACAGCAGGCUAUGUGUCAGAAUAUCGCUUUGUCCCAGAUCAGAAAGAGGAGCUUGAGGAAGCAAUUGAACGGAUUCACAAAACUGUAACAGGUCAAGUUCCUGCAGAGGCUGAGGCUCAUUAUUUAGGAGUCGCUAAAACACUGGAUAUGUAUGGAGUGGACCUCCACCCUGUAUUUGGAGAAAACCAGUCAGAAUAUUUUUUAGGGUUAACGCCCAUCGGAGUUGUUGUGUACAAGAAUAAAAAUCAAGUCGGAAAGUAUUUCUGGCCAAGAAUUACAAAGGUUCAUUUCAAGGAAACGCAGUUUGAACUCCGGGUGCUGGGAAAAGAUUGCAAUGAGACAUCUUUCUUUUUUGAAGCACCAAAUAAAAUGGCUUGUAAACACCUCUGGAAAUGCUGUGUAGAAUACCACACAUUCUUUAGAAUGCCAGAAAAUGAUUCCAACUCCUUGCCAAGAAAGUUAACAAAGUUUGGUUCCCUUGGAUCGAAACAUCGAUACAGUGGGAAGACAGCUGUGCAAAUGAGCAGACAUCAGUCUAUUGAGCUGCCACGGCCAGACUUACAAGUACAAAGAACUCGCAGCAAAACAUACCCGAAAAGGACAGCUCAGUCUCAACAAGCAGGACCCAGCAAUGGGAAUCGAACUGACACAAAGACUGAGAACGGAGAAAGUGAAACAACUACUAAGAUUAUUGCCCCUUCUCCAGUAAAAAGUUCAAAAAUAAAAAAACCAGACAGCAGUCCAGAAACACAGCGUGGGAAAACCAGUGCGCCCUGGGAUGAGAACGGGCCACAGAGUGGUUUAUAUAAUUCUCCAAAUGAGCGAAACAAAUCACCAAAAUUUCCAAACCCGCGAAGACGGACCCCUUCCGGUGGAAGUGAGAAUGAAGCUGUGCAGCCCGUGAGACGCAGGAAAGGCCAAAAUAAUAACGAUGAUACAGAUUUAAAACACAGAAGAAGGUCACGUUCCCGUGGAAACACCAGCAGCGGGAGUGAGUCAGAAAAUUCCAACAGGGAUCAUCGAAAAAAAAGAAAUAGUUUGUUGCCAUUUAGGUCACGCCAGGAAAAUGAAAUGGUGGACUCAGCGCCUCAGUGGGAAGCUGUGUUGCGACAGCAGAAGGAGAGGUCCCAGAAUGACCCCAACUACAGGCGUUCCAGACACCGGUCACGAUCGAGAAGCCCUGAUGUUCAAGCUAAGGAAGAACUCUGGAAACAUAUUAAGAAAGAACUUGUAGAUCCAUCUGGUUUAACUGAAGAGCAGCUAAAGGAAAUCCCUUACAAGAAAGUAGAAACCCAAGGUGACCCUGUCAAGAUCAGACACUCCCAUUCACCGAGGAGCUUCCGACAGCACAGGCGCUCCCAGUGCUCUGACGGAGAGAGAUCUGUGCUUUCAGAAGUAAACUCAAGGACUGACCUGGUUCCUCCAUUACCUGUUACUCGCACGGCUGAUUCCCAGGGCCCCAGAGGUCCUCCCUCCCAACAGAAGAAAAAUGGAUCUAAAGAUAACCUUUCAGAAGGCACUGAGCUGGAUGUAAAAUGCAGCACGAAGGUUGUGAAAACAGUUCAGACAGCAAGGCUGAAAGCAGAAACGUGACCUCCACCCACAUCCUACCUGAGGAGUAUUUAAAACACAUCUGAUAUUGCUUGAAACCUGAAAAUGUGAAUAUUACCAAGAUCCCAUCUCUACCACAAUCCCAGGGAGGAGUUAAAUUAAACAUAUUGUAAAUAGAGGCUGUGACGUUGCCAUUUAUUACGUUAUGGAUCAUUUUAUUUUACUGGUUCUUUACUUCAGCAAACUGAAUCAGAUAUGUACAUCUGAGUCUUGCAUGUAAUAAACUGGAAUAUACAGAGGACAUAUAUAAGAGCCAGUUAUUUCAAUAUGUUUUUGGCUGCUUCAACAUUCCAUGGAUAUUUCCCCAUCAAGUUUAUUCUAAUUUGUUGACAGUGGACACAAGAAUAAACAGGACCAAUUUAAUGUUGCAUAUGUGCCGUUACCUCCAAGCUACUUGACCUCCAUUUUAUACAGUAUUAAACGUUGUGUGUACCUAGUAACUACGUAAAAUAAAUGUGUACAUUUUGUAAUGUGUUUUUUCUUCUGUGUUAAGGAUCUAGUUAUAAGUUCCCAUACUUUUUGUGAUGAAUUAUAAGCAUCCCAGUGGAGAGCUUGAAUGAGUCUGGAACUCCCUGCUGCCUCCUGACUUCAACUGCUAAUAUCUCAUAAACUGCUUCAGAUGUCAAAUUUUCAGCUGAAAAAUCAAAUGGUAGAUUUCACGCUGACGUUUGACUUAAGACAACUGCCGUACGUAACCUUUAGCAUCUCGAAUAAUAAAAGACCAACAGGUUUGAUAGACUGCUUUCAUAUUUGGUGCAUUUCAAUUGCGGGUACAAAAUAAAGUAAUAAAUGACCCUUAUGUGCCAUUCAUUUCAAAGCUGCCAUUGUAACAGCCUCAUAUUUGCAGGGCUAUAUAAUGUGUUGGUGACCAUGACAUUGACCUACUUGAGAUCAUGUGAUUAUGUUUCUGUUCUAUAGUGACAGUACACUGAGUUAAUAUCUUUGUCAGGUAAAGUUGUAUCAUUUGAUUUUCUCAAUUGAGUUCAAUUACUGUUGUUAUCUAGUUAAAAAUAACCCACACUGAUGUAACCUCUAGCCAUAUCAAUGAUACAGACCACAUGUUUUUACAGCAUCUAUUGUUAGUACACAGCUCUAGAUCAUUAUUUUAAAUUAAGUUCAAUUACAAGUGCCAUAUUGUUUUAUCCUUUGGUCACAUCAAUGACACGGAUCACUCGCUUUCAUAGUGUCUACAGUUCUUACACAACGAUUCUGUAAUUCUCAAGUGGUUUCCACUAUAAAUGAACCCUGUCACAUUGUUUGGACCUCUGGACAUAUAAAUGAUCAAGAUCUUUUUUACAUUUCUAUUUGCUCUGAAAUUCUUUUUUUUCACUAUUACAAAAGGGUAUGCUUUGUUUUUGAACUCCCAUUUUUAGUUUUGACUUUUUGCAAUGAUCAAUAACAUUAACCAGGAAUAAUU